AUGGAACCACCGCGCAAACGGCAGCGUCUUUCUCCAGAAUCCCCAAACGACAAUGACCUACAGAUUGCGCGAGCGCGAAACGACCAGAAACUCAAAUCGCUAUUCGAAGGCAUUUUCGAAAAAUACGGCAAGGACUUUAGUGAUAUAGGCGAUGAGAUUGAUCUAAGUACAGGCGAGAUUGUGAUCAACAAAGGACAUGUGCAACGCAUGGAACAUGAAGACGAUACUGGAGAGUUGACGGGAGUCGAUUCGGAAGAGGAGGGGGCAGCGUUGCACGAUAGACAGGAUGGUACCGAAGUCUGGGACACAUCCUUUCAAAAAGCAAGAAAGGCUCUUCUCGCUUCGGGAACUAAAGAUGUUGGGGCUGUGAUCGAGGGUUCGCCUGUUGCUGCACCUGCAAGCAGACCGACCGAUCCGAGAUGGCAAGCUCCAGAAAUAGACGCUAGGUUCUGGACGCCGCCAAAGAAGGAAUUACCGAAAGAAGUACAUCAGACUCCUCGGACAGAGCGUCCCAAGUCCCCUCUAUCCGCCGCAUCGGUCUGGGCUGCCCGCACACCAGGCCGUCCACGAGGUUCCACAUCAAAGAAACAAAAUGUAUCGGCCAGCAAGAAAACUCCGACAUCGCGCGCAAACUCAAAACGUAAAAGUCCAUUGAAGCUUGACUGGAGUUUUGCGCAAGUACAGGACGAUAACAGUGACUCGGAUGAUCCGCUUCAAGAUGACUCGCUGCCUUCAAGCAUUCGCUCAAAUAAAGUCCGUGGGCGCAAGAGUAUUUCUGUUACCCCCAAAGCGUUGAAUGUUAUUUCCAAUAACGUGCUUGAUGCCACUCCAAAACGCCAGGAUAAAGCCUAUAAGAAAUCAGGACAUGUCGAAAAACUAGCGCCAGUACCUGACACGCCUGAAGUGCUUUCCUCUAGUCCAGUCAUAACAAACGACACCCCAACACACAGACGGUAUCCAGUAAACUUCGACUCGCCCUCGAUUAUCAAGCUGGAUGAGAUCAUUCUCACACCGGACGAGGUCAAAGUGAUUGUCAAACACAAAUGCGAAUCUGCUACCGGUCUCUGCAUGGAAGAUAUAGUAGAACAGCUUCCUGGGCGGACAUUGGAUGACCUGCUGAAUUGGGCGGACCACCAUUCACUUUUGUUUCUGUCAACUGGAUCCGUGUCAACUGCCGGUUGGUCGACAGAGGAUCUCGAGAAGCUUGAUGAAUUUGCAGAUGAAUCGGGGAUGUGGUGGCGAGAUAUUCAGAUAUCAUUUCCUCAUCGAUCAAGGAAAGAGAUUGAGAAUCAAAUGAUACGAAUAUGGACUGAGAGGAUAUCAGAAGAACAGCAGAAGAAAGCUGAGGCUGAAAGGAUUAAAUUGGCGCGAAUAAAGCGAAAACAUUCACAAAUGCCGUACUCGGACGAUAAUGACCCUGCCUUGAGAACAGGCGAUGUUAUGACGAAUGAUGACUUGGAGGACCUUUUGGAAGAGGAGCUGGACAACGACUGGUUGGGUAUCUCGGCUAUCGACGUGAGACCACGUGAGGCUGAUCUCUUUGAUAGUUCGCCUCGCAAGUCUCCAAAGAAGUUGUCGCCGAUGAAAAGCUCACCGAGGAAGAGCUCAGUAUCUCCGCGCAAGUAUUAUUGA